GAUGUAGCGGCUGAUACCCCGUCAAGGUCACUUCUAGACACCGGCUAUAAAAGAUGGUUUUGGCAGUCAUUCCAGCUUUAAUUUUAGCGUUUUCGGCGAUUCACUGGUUAACGGAAUAUCUUUAAAAUGACCCGUGUCUUCGUUGCUCUUGCCCUUCUGGGCGUGGCUUGUGCCACUCCAGUCCCUUCCAACACCCUGCCAAAGGUCGUCCUGGGCCUGUACGAGCCAAUCCCGGAAACCGUGAGCAGCAACUUCGCCGAAUUCGCUAAAACCGCCUUCCAUAUGCCCGAGCACAUCAAGUUGGCUGAACCCAACUUCGUGGCAUACCGCAAGGAUGGUGAGACCUACCACAAGCACUUCUGGUACCCCGGUCAGAAUUAUUACGUUGACAUGCCAUUCAAGCUGGGCGAAAAGAUGACCACCACCAUGAACGGCAAGACCAUCGAAUACGAAAUCACCGCCGAAGGAGACGAUAACACCGCCACUAUCCACGCCAAGCUCCGCGAAGUCGAUGGUGAUGUCAAAUUCACCGUUGAGACCCGCUUCGACAAAUUCGGUUACAACGCGACCUACACCAAGGACGCCCUUGUCGCCAAGAUUAGCUAUCGUCGCACUCUGCCUUUCUACGUUUUCGGUGCCUAUGAACUGGACAUUACCAAGAGCUCGCCCAACACCGCCGAAUUCUACAACAACUUUUUCCCUCUGCCCAAGGGAUUGACCUGGACCAAGGACACCAAGUUCUUCGUUGGCCGUCACGGUAACAAGUUCUACGAGAAGUUUAUCGUCGACGCCACCUACUACGAGAAGGUGGAAUUCGAGCUGAACAAGCCCGGCAGCAUCCAGCACGGCAACCACACCGUGAACUACCAUUACGAAGUUGUGGAGACCACAAAGGAGACCACCACUCUGCGCAUUACCUACAAGUGCCCCGAGAAGGGAACCCUCGUUUUCACCUGCGUCUUCGACCAUGAAGGAGUGACCUCGACCGCUAAGUCCGACAAGGGCGAAGUGAAGACCCGCUACAACCGUGUUCUGCCCUGGUUGUUCUAUGGUAAAUUCAAGGAAGUCCCUGAAAAGACUGAGAACUACGAAGAAUUCACCAAGGGAGAAGAUUGCCCAUUCGCCCACAAGAACCAGCCUGCCACUUUGGAGAUCUUCAAGAAAGGUGACCACUAUGGUGCCCGCAAAUCCUUUGGUGAAGAGAAGGCUAUGGAAUUCGAAUUCAAGCUGAACACUCCUCAGGAAUUCCAGGCUAAUGGCAAAACUUUCAAAUACAACGUCACUAUCCAGUCCCGUGGAGACAAAGUGAUCAUGCACAGCAAGAUCAAGGUCAAGGGUACUGACAAAUGGUUCAUCGUUGAGGAACAAGUUGCCCCUGAAGGACUGUAUGUGACCUACAAACGCGAAGGUGUUGUUGCGAAGAAAUUCUUGCGCCGUGUCCUUCCCAAGACUGUGUUCGGAACCUUCGAAUCCACUGAUAACAACGACGAGUUCAAGGCUUUCACCACUCAUAUUGGUGCUCCUGAACUGUUCAAGAAGAUCACCAUUGAAUUCUCCGAUGCCGAGAACGGUGUGUUCGUCCAGAAGCUGACCCCUGAAGGAGACGCCACUCAGGAAAGCCGCAUCACCUUCGGCAAGCCCGAUGAGAUCACCGUCCACGGAAAGCACCUCGAGCAAAAGUGGUUUUACUACGAAGUUGACAACACCCCAGUCCUCCGUGGAUCCAUCAACCAGACCGAUAAUGCCAACAACUACUUUGACGUUGUUGGUAUCUUCCGUCCCGAUGGCUACACCGCUACCUUCGUGUACGAUCACAACACCAAGAUUGCUCACCGCACCUACACCCGCAAGGGAGCAGCUGUUCCCUUCGAGCCUGCUCACUAAACCAGUGUCAGUUUUCGGUAUUUGAAAUGUUGUCGAUCUGCUUUGGACAUGUAUUUUCAGCGCACCUAAGAAAUGCUUAAUUCUGGGCUGUUGUAUUUUUGGCUGCUGCACAUCUAUGUUGCGUGGUUUACGUUAUCACCGCAAAGACCAAAAUUCUGAUUCCAAAUUAAAGGUGAAAGAUAAAUGAACGAAUUCA